UGGAGGGCAGGAAGCAUCCAGCAUGGGAGAAAGAUGGAGGCCAGAAGACUCAGCAAGUCUGCUGUUUCCAUGCCUGCUUUUUAUGCUGGCAGCUGAUUAGAUGGUGCCCACCCAGAUUAAGGGUGAGUCUGCCUCUCCCAGUCCACUAACUCAAAUAUUAAUCUCCUUUGACAACACCCUCACAGACACAUGCAAGAACAAUAUUUUGCAUCCUUCAGCCCAAUCAAGUUGACACUCAGUAUUCACCAUCACAACCACAUGAGCCAAUUUCUUACAAUAAACAUAUAUAUUCAUGCAACUGGUAAAUAUUUUGUUGUUAUAGAUUUGGCUAACAUGUUCUUUUUGUGCCUAUUUUAACAGUCUCAGUCACAGCCUGCCUUCAUCUCUGAAGGGACUAGGCAACCCAUGGAGUGCCUUGGCAGCCUUGUCAUUGCACUCAAUCUUCACAGACAAGAUCUCACUGCAACCACCUUUCUACAGGAGCACAGGUGUGACAUUAUACUGAUUACAUCAUUCUUAGAGAAAAUUAAUUUUACACACUAAGGACACACAGAUACAAAGAGCCUUAGACAAAGGGAAUGGACCUUUCCCCAACACAGUAGUGCAAGGCUCUGCCACUUGGGCUAAAUUCCUGAAAAUUCUUUGGUAAACUGAGGGCUGAUAUAUCCCUGACACUUUCAAGAAUUAGUUAUUGACCCUUUCAGUAUCCACAAUGCUAAUACAAGUCCAAUAUUCUUUAUUUAUUUAUGUAUUUUUUGAGACACAGUCUUGCUCUGUCACCCGGGCAGGAAUACAGUGGCUCAAUCUCAGCUUACUGCAGCCUUGACCUCCUGAGCUCAAGCAAUCCUCCCACCUCAGCCUCCCACGUAGCUGGGACUACAGAUGUGUGCUAACACACCCAGCUAAUUUUAUUUAUUGUAGAGACGAGGUCUUGCUACAUUGCCCAGGCUGGUCUCAAACUCCUUAGCUCAACCAAUCCUCUUGCCUUAGCUUCCCAAAGUGCUAGGAUUACAGAUGUGAGCCACUGGGCCCAGCCCUUUAAUUCUUUAUUUGGGGUACAGGUGACAACAUAUUUCUCAUUUACAAAUUUUACUUAAUCUCACUGAUGCUGUCACUUGAAAGCUGACCCACCUUGAAUGAAGCCUCCUCCAACAAGUCUGGAAUCUGUCCGAAUUUAAAUUAACCGAUGCUCCUAUGAAUUCCAUCAGAGAUCGCACUGUAGAUGCGUGAGCAACCUCUUCCCAUACCUCCUGAAGUAUCUGGGUUGCGUAUGGUGGCCAUAAGUUGUCCACGGGCUUCUGAUGUAAAAAACAAACCUGCAACUUUUGACCCUGUGCUGUACAGCAUCAGGGCAGUGAUUGCUGACCACAUACUGGACCCUCUGGAAACAGAGGGCUCUGCAUCCAUGUCCAUGAGCCUUCAUGCCCAUCUGGCCAUCAGGCCUUGGGAAGCAGCACCCCACAGCCUUGGCACAGCUGCAGAGACCUCCUUGCCUCAGGAUGGAGUCAAAUCUGUACCCCCAGCAAUUCUCUUCUGCAGGAAGCACUGGCCUCCUUCAUCCUCAGACUGUGGUGCUGGUACUGGCCUCCUUCAUCCUCAGGCUGUGGUGCUGGAAGUCACCCCUCUCUGAGGCCCCCUGGGAUCGACUGAGUGACCAGCAGUGAAGUUCGUCCGCCUUCUGAAUGGAUGCCAUCAUCGGACGUGAUGGAGCUCAGUGGGAUGCUGCUGCCUUCCCUCCCUUAGCUAGGAUGUCCCUGAUAAAGGAUGACACCCAAGCCUCAGCACAACCGGCCAAACUUGAGGUGGUCAUCUCAGCACUGAUGCUGGGCCAACAAUUAUCCCCAUUUGUACAUUUUUACAAACUUUUUGGCAAUUUCCAAGAAUCGUCCACCUCUCCUCCCCGUUGAAUUAAAGAAACUUCUUGUCUCAUGGAUACUCAGAAUACCAAUCAAGGUAACAGAUGACUUUAUUUUAACUAAGGACACAGUAUGAAUCUCACAGGGACACUCCUUAUCCCCUGCAGAGUUCCAGACACUACUGAUGGUGACCAAGGCAACAUUUAGUCAGAAAACACAGUGCUAGGCUUGUGAAGAAGGUGUCCAGUAGAGCUUCCACUGCCCCUAUAGGCUGCAGGCAGCUGCUUUAGUUGAGAGAUAGACUGGGCUCCUCAAAGAAUUCCUAUUUAAGUUAUGAAGCAGCAAGUGGAUGCCCUGCUGGGUUCCACUGUUGCCACAGCCUUUGAUUACUCUAAGUUCAUGCUCCUUAGGAAAGUGCACUUUUUACACCAAUGCUACACAGUUCCCUCAGUUGCCUUUACUGGACAUCAAGGAGUUCACAUUUUUGACAACCAUUCAGUCUUGGACUGUCCAAGGGGUGGAGGUAGCUCCAUAUAGGAAGCUGCCUGCUGCAUGUGGAUCAGUAAUAUCAGACUUGCCCAACAACUCACUGGAGACAUGAAAACCAAUGCAUGGGGAAUGCAUGACGUCACCCAAAUAUUUACGAACACACUUGUGCUGCCAGAGACCCCAGAUCUUUAUACCAAUGCAUGGGGAGUGCGUGACAU